AUGAUCAAUGGUAGUCUGCCAAAGCAACAGUUCAUAGUGUGGAUGGCAAUGCAUAGAAGACUGGCAACAGUGGAUAGAUUGAUGAAAUGGGGAAUUCAGGUUGAACAAGGAGGUGUUCUGUGUGAAAGAGAUUUGACUGAGACUCAUGAACACUUAUUCUUUGAGUGUUCAUACUCAAAUAAAUUAUGGGAAAGUAUGUUAACAUGGUUGGGGUAUCACAGAAGAACUCAAGACUGGGAAGAAGAAGUAAACUGGCUAAUCAAGAAUGUGAAUAACAGAAACCCAAAGAGAGCUAUACUAGGAGUUGUGUUUGCUGCUGUGAUGUACAACAUAGGGAUGGAAAGAAACAAUAGAAGAUUUCAACAAUGCAAGAAGACAGUACAAGACAGAGCAAAAGAUAUUGCUGUCCAAAUUCAUGUUACAGGACAAAAGGAACUAAAAUGGAAGCCACUACUGGAAAGGUUAAACAACUAUCCUAGUUGUAUAUAUGAUAGUUAUAUGUUUGUUAUAGAAUAG